AUGGAGAAAAUAUUUCUUCUGAUUUCAUGCCUGCUGAUGUUUACACAUCAAUUCUGUUCAGAAGCAGCAACAUCUAAUCCGGAGUACCCAUAUCCGUUUAUGACAGCAGAUGCUCAAAAGGCAGCUUCAAGAUCAUAUGAUUACAUUGUGGUUGGAGGAGGUACAGCGGGAUGUCCCCUGGCAGCAACUCUCUCACAGCACUACUCUGUUUUAGUAUUGGAGAGGGGAGACUCUCCUUACGGAAUUCUCGAUGUGGAGGAUUUCAGAGGGUCUCCCACAACUAAUCCCAACGUAGCGCAGGGGUUUGUCUCAGAAGAUGGAGUGCAGUUGGUACGGGCGAGAGUUUUAGGAGGCGGAUCAGCCAUCAACGGUGGAGUCUACAGCAGGGCGAGCACUGAAUAUAUUCGGAAAAUAAAGUGGGAUGAGAAACUUGUAUAUGAGUCAUAUGAAUGGGUAGAACGGUUGAAUGCCUUCCAACAAUACAAGCUUUCUACUUGGAAUUCUGCUACCAAGGAUGGGCUUCUUCAAGCUGGAGUUCUUCCUUACAACGGCCACACUUUCGAUCAUUUGGUUGGCACCAAGAUCAGUGGCUCAAUCUUUGACGAGAAUGGAAAGAGACAUACAGCCGCAGAUCUACUCCAGUAUGCAAAUCCAGAAAAUAUUGUAGUUCUUCUCAAUGCUACUGCCAGCAGAAUACUCUUCAGUUUGGGAUCAGGAAAGCCAAAGGCUAGCGGAGUGGAGUUCAGAAGCAACAAUGAUGGUAAACAAGUUCAAGAUAAUCCUAGUGCAACCUUUACUAUAGUAUCCUCGAAACCACUUGAAGAUUCUUAUUCACAAUUAGCAGGCAUUUUAGACAAUUCACAAAAUUACAUCGAAAGUGGUAGCCUUGUCCAACAGAAUAAUGGUACAAAUACACAAUAUUUAGGUGUUCUUGAUAUUAAGUUGGCAUUUCCCUUAUCAAGGGGUGAUCUUUGGCUUAAAAGCAUAGACCCUCGAGAUAACCCCUAUGUUCGUUACAACUACUAUUCACACUCUCUUGAUCUACAAAGAUGUGUGAAAGGUAUAAAAGUAAUGGUUAAUCUGAGUAUGUCAUCUUCUAUCCAAGAGUUUGCAUUUAUUGAUAGUGGAAAUUCCAAAACACUUCAAUUCCUUGGAAUAGCAUUACCAAAGAAUCAAUCAAAUGAUGAUGCCUUGGCCAAGCUUUGCAAAGAAGCACUAGGGACAUUUAACCAUUAUCAUGGAGGUUGUCAAGCUGGUUUAGUGGUUAAUGAAAGAUAUCUGGUGAAAGGUGUUGAUAAUUUCAGAGUUGUGGAUGGCUCAAUUUAUAAGGAUUCCCCUAGUACCAACCCACAAGCCACAACCAUGAUGCUUGGAAGGUAUAUGGGAAUUCAUAUCCUUCAAGAACGCACAAUCUCUUAA